GUUUAGCUUCUUUGAGUUAGGGUGACACCCACCUGUUCACCAGCCUCCCUCCCUCCCUCACGGCAGGGCUGGGAAUGAUGGGGUCUGGGAUUGUGUGCAGGUUCACAGGCCAGCUCCCUUCCCUAGGAGACUCGGCUGGUGGCCUGGGUUUCCCGGGGCGCCGGCCCCGGGCUGCUGCAGAGCAGUGGUUGGGGCCCGGCUCCUCCUCCCCUUCCUCCGCGGAGGCUGACGUGGAGGCAGCCGCGCGGGCGGCGGCGGCGGCAGCGCGGAGGCUCGGUGGUGCCCGGCCCUCUCCCGGCUGCGCGGGGCCAGGGUGGCGGCGGCGACAGGAGCUGGAGGAGGAGAAGGGAGGCGUCUGUGCAGCCGGCCCGCGCACGCAGGAGGGGACAUGGAUGGCGAUCGGACCGAGAGCGACUGGCAGGGGCUGGUGAGCGAGUACCUGGUGUGUAAGCGGAAGCUGGAGAGCAAGAAAGAGGCCCUGCUGAUCCUCUCCAAGGAGCUGGACACCUGCCAGCAGGAGAGGGACCAGUACAAACUCAUGGCCAACCAGCUGCGAGAACGGCACCAGUCCCUGAAGAAGAAGUAUCGAGAGCUGAUUGACGGAGAUCCAUCACUUCCCCCUGAAAAGAGGAAGCAGGCCAACCUUGCACAGCUGUUGAGAGACUCUCAGGACAGGAAUAAGCAUCUGGGAGAAGAAAUCAAAGAACUCCGGCAGAGGCUUGGCGAGGUCCAGGGUGACAAUAAGCUGCUGAGGAUGACAAUUGCUAAACAAAGGCUCGGAGAUGAAGAAAUUGGCAUGAGGCAUUUCGCAGCCCAUGAGCGGGAGGAUUUGGUUGAGCAGCUGGAGCGAGCUAAGGAACAGAUCGAGUCCUUGGAACAUGACCUGCAGGCGUCAGUGGAUGAACUCCAGGAUGUGAAGGAAGAGCGGGCUUCCUACCAGGACAAGGUGGACAGGCUGAACCAGGAGCUCAACCAUAUCCUGGGCGGUCACGAGAACCGUAUCAUUGACGUGGAUGCUCUGUGCAUGGAGAACAGAUAUCUCCAAGAGAGACUGAAACAGCUCCAUGAGGAGGUCAGCCUUCUGAAGUCAAACAUUGCCAAGUACAAGAAUGCUCUGGAGAGACGGAAAAACUCCAAGGGCCAAGGCAAGUCCAGCAGUAGUGCCCUGACUGGGAUCCUGUCUGCGAAGCAAGUCCAGGAUCUGCUCUCUGAAGAUCACGGGUGCAGCCUCCCAGCUACUCCACAGUCCAUCGCUGACCUGAAGUCUCUGGCCACAGCCCUGCUGGAGACGAUCCAUGAGAAAAACAUGGUCAUUCAGCACCAGAGGCAAACCAACAGGAUCCUAGGGAAUCGAGUGUCAGAGCUGGAGAAAAAGCUAAGAACUCUGGAAGUGUCUGGUCUGUGGAGUCUUCCAGGCCUGAGCUACAAUGUUUCAGUUGGAUUUGGGAGGGGCAAGGACACUAUACUGUUCACUGACCAGACUCUUCCCACCAUACAGAGGUCAAGGUCCCCACUGUUGAAGUUUGUGGAACAGCCCACUGAGAACAAGGAGAGCACCAGGGACGGGGAGAUUCAGAAGCAGGAGCCCGAUGAAAGCUGUGCAGCUGCCGAGGCGUUGACAGUGCCCGAGGAUGCGGGGAAGCCUGCUGUCAGCUCCCCAACACAGCCGAGCAAUAGGAACCAGUGCUCGCACUUUCAUCACCCUCCGUUACCCCAGCUCCCUUCAGAGGAAGCAAACACCAUGGGAAAGGGGACUGUUCAACUGACCGAUGGACAGGAGGCUACACACCUGGAGGAGAUCCCAAGGGAGCCUCCCAUGGAAGAACAGAGAUGUGAGCCGGGCCUGUCCCCACCUAGCCUGGCCUCCCAGGAAGAGUGUACCACAACUCAGGUCCAGGAACACUUGUCUUCCAUGCAGCCAGAAGCCAAAGCAUCUAGUGUGGAAGCUGACAGCGGGAUCUCGGAGAGCGGAGACAUGAGAAGCAGGGUGCAAACCUGAGGGGAAGAGAGACUGACACGGUGACACAAUGAAGGCACCAGGGACAGUGAGGAAAGGCUGAAGCUUCGGGACAGGCAUCCAACCCCUUUCCGCUAAAACACCUUCCUGUCUGCAAAUGAGAAAAUGCUCCGAUCCUGCUACAAGCUGGGAGCACCCAAUGGUGCUGACUCUGUCUGAUUUAUUAAAUGCUGGUCUGUGAGCCUCUCGGUGUCACCUCUGUCUGCCGAAGACAUGCCGCUGUGAACAUGGCCGGGCACAGGAAUCCGAGUUGCCAUAUGGCUGCCUUUCCACAUCCUCUGGCUGUCAGCAUUUGUUUUAUUAGAGAGAAGAUGUUUUUCUAUUAGCAUUUAAUGUUGUCCAUCAAAAUGAUGGGACAAGCUGAGAAAGGAAGGGUUUUGUUUUUUGUUUUUGGGGGUUUUGCCCUAGAUCUCAGUCUUGGAAGUAACUGGAUGGCUAGAAAGAAAGAUGUAAUUGGAUGAAAUGUCUUCAUGGGGCCAUGGCUGCACUUUGUCUGAAGAUCCCUCAGAAAUGGGUGUUCUUGGCACCCAGUGUUUCACAGUGGCAGGUGGGAGGGACCAGAGCAGGCUGGGAAAGUUGGGCUGUAGGUUAAAGAGGCUGUUUGCUGACUGAGUACAGAUCUGAGUGUUCUAGAAUGGUCUGGAGCUUUCGCUGGCCUGGAGGGACGGAUAACAGGGAGCUGCCCGGAGGAGGGACUUUCUAGUGGUAUUCUGACCUUUUGUUUUUGUGGCUGUUCUUAUUGUUGUUUAGAUGAUAUCAGAAACAGUAGCUGAUGAUGUGGGUAUUUGGGGUCUGGGCAAAGCUGGCUGCUUAGCCUCAUCCCAUUUUCCUAUACCACCUGAAACCCUGAACCACUCACUCCAUCAACAGAAUGUUGUGUCUGGGCCACCAGGGACUGGAGUUUGAACAUGGGAUUCUGAAGUUGUGGCCUAAUAGGGAAGGAGAAAAGAUGAAUUCAUUACAGCCUUGACCACGAAGGAACUAUACACCAAGUGUAAGGUCCAAGAGGGAGUAGCCCGCCUGCCUGCUGCUUCCUCAGAGUGAAGAUGAGCUACAGAGAUUCACAGGCCACUGAGUUCAGUUUAUGUACCUAGGUGUGUGGGGUGGCUGGGAUCCCCACGCUCAUACCACCUGUGAAAGCCAGGAUUGAUCUCGGAAACUUCAGCUAGAAAGGGAAGCUCAGGGAUAGCACGUGUUCCCAUUUACCCUAAAACCUGUCUGUGCCCUGGGACUCCUGGGGACAAGGACAUACCUUCAGACAUGGCCCCAAUACUCUGUUUAUCCCUUUGUCCCCUCCUCAUGAAGGCCAGCCCCAUAAAGGAGGAGGCCCUGAAGUUGCAAGUUCAACACAGACCAAUAAUCUUGAAGGUGCCUUUUUUGCUGGUUGGGGGCCUCAGCUGGCUGUAUGUGUUUGGCUACAUAUAGUCAGUAUUGCUCCAUAGGACACCAGAAACAAGGUGUCCCAAGCGAAAACCAGCCAGAUGAAGCACUUGUACCCCCUAGAACUCUGGUUUGGAUACACAUCCAACAGGUACACAUCAUCGGGGCCAUUCAUCACUUUCAGGAGAGUGGGGUUUAUAGUAAACUCUGGCACAAUCUAAUAGGGCAAGAAACUGCAGUGAGCCCUAGGGUCUCUGCCUUAGGGAGCCAGGAUAAGAGGGCUGCAUAACAAGCUCAUUGUGUGCAGUCUGGGAGGGACCUGUGUUAUUAGAUGGAAUUAGAGCCAAUAAGUUGAUGUUGUUGCAUACGUAACCAUGACAACAUACAUCCCCACUUCUGCUGUGCCCACCCAACAUGGUUCUUCACUCUGUAGACAAUAAAGAGCGUUUCAGCAACUAA